UCUUGCCGCCACUGCUCCCUCGCCGCCUCUCCCCCCCGGCGGGAGCCGCUCUCAGCCUCUUUGCACUAGUCGCUCCGCUCUCUCGGUCAUGUGACCUUAACGUAACCGGACAGGAAAAGCCCCGCCGCCGCCGCCGCCGCGCCGGAGACACCGACCGCGGCGGCAGCAGCAGCAGCAGCGAGAAGCAGAGGCGGCGGCGGUGAGGACAGCACAGCCAAGGCUGCCCAGCGGCGCCUGCUCCACACCCCCCGCCGCAGCAGCACCGGCGACAGGUAAGCGCGCACCGCCUCCGCCUCCCGGGGCCGGUGCCCACGUGCCACCCCUGGCCCGGGCUCCGGGAAGGCGGAGGGGGGGCGGGGGCCACCGGAGCUCGCAAACGGUUCCGGCAGCGGCGGUGGCAACAAAGAAGACGAAUGACCCUCGUCCCAGGGCUCCGGGUGAAGGCAGGCGGAGGGCCCGGGCCACACGGGGAGCCGGUUCUGGGAAGCGAGGGCAGGGGCGCCCCGCGGGGGCGGUGGCGGCUGCGCCUGGCGCCGGACUCUGGCCGCCUGACAAAACCAUCCCCCGGAGCCAGGCGGCGGCGAGUCGGCGGCGGCUCCAUCCGGGGCUUUGCGGGAGGGGGAGGGGACGGAAGCCGAGAGGGCGGGCGGCGGAUCGGAGGAGGGAGGGAGGAAGGGGAGGGGGGCGAUUCGCGUUCCGUUCCCCGUGGCCGGUCCCUCCCUUCCCUCUGCCACCGCAAAGAGCGUCCCGAGCGGCGGCGGCCGGUCAGCGUCCAGCGCUGGAGCCCCGAGAGGCGGGCCCGUCAGAUUUUUAAAAAAAUGGAUUUGGCCAACCAUGGACUUAUUCUACUGCAACAGUUAAACGCUCAGCGAGAGUUUGGUUUCCUGUGUGACUGCACGGUUGCAAUCGGCGAUGUAUACUUCAAGGCACACAAAUCAGUUCUUGCUUCAUUCUCCAAUUACUUUAAGAUGUUGUUUGUCCAUCAGACCAGUGAGUGUGUCCGUUUGAAACCAACGGAUAUACAGCCGGAUAUUUUCAGCUAUCUCUUACAUUUGAUGUACACUGGGAAGAUGGCGCCUCAGCUGAUUGACCCUGUCCGAUUAGAACAGGGGAUCAAGUUUCUGCACGCAUACCCGCUGAUCCAGGAGGCCAGCCUCGCCAGCCAAGGAGCCUUCACUCAUCCCGACCAAGUCUUCCCCCUGGCUUCUUCGUUGUAUGGCAUUCAGAUUGCAGAUCAUCAGUUGAGACAAGCCACUAAGAUUGCUUCAGCACCUGAAAAACUGGGGCGAGAGCCAAGGCCACAGCCUUCCAGAAUGAGCCAGGAGCCAGUGCCAGAGGCCUCUCAGCUCUCCCAGCUGACUUCGAAUCUGGCCCAGGUGAAUCGGACAAACAUGACUCCCUCGGACCCGCUGCAGACCUCGCUGUCUCCAGAACUUGUUUCCACUCCUGUUCCUCCCCCUCCUCCCGGGGAGGAGACCAACCUGGAAGCCUCUUCCUCUGACGAACAGCCUGCGUCCCUCACCAUAGCCCACGUCAAGCCGAGCAUCAUGAAGAGGAACGGAAGCUUCCCAAAGUACUACGCCUGCCACCUGUGUGGACGGCGCUUCACCCUGCGGAGCAGCUUGCGCGAGCACCUCCAGAUUCACACGGGAGUCCCUUUCACGUCCAGCCAGCAGGGAGAAAGCCGGGUGCCCCUGUCUCUCUGUAGCAAUGCCGCUGACCUUGGGAAAGAUGCCAUGGAAGUGCCUGAAGCUGGGAUGAUAAGUGACAGUGAGCUGCAGCACAUCUCAGAUUCUCCAAUCAUCGAUGGACAGCAGCAGUCGGAAACGCCACCCCCCUCAGACAUCGCUGACAUUGACAACUUGGAGCAGGCCGACCAGGAGAGGGAGGUGAAGAGGCGGAAGUACGAGUGCACGAUAUGUGGACGCAAAUUUAUCCAGAAAAGCCACUGGAGGGAGCACAUGUACAUACACACCGGCAAGCCUUUCAAAUGCAGCACUUGUGACAAGAGCUUCUGCAGGGCCAACCAGGCUGCCCGCCACGUGUGCCUCAACCAGAGCAUCGACACAUACACCAUGGUGGACAAACAGACUCUGGAACUCUGCACGUUCGAGGAAGGUAGUCAGAUGGACAACAUGCUGGUACAAACCAACAAACCCUACAAAUGUAACUUGUGUGACAAAACAUUCUCAACGCCCAAUGAGGUUGUUAAACAUUCAUGCCAAAACCAGAACUCGGACGUUUUUGCCCUAGACGAAGGGCGGUCCAUUCUCCUGGGCAGUGGGGACUCAGAAGUAACGGAAGCUGACCACCCAGUGCUAGCUUCCAUCAAAAAGGAACAGGAAACUGUAUUAUUAGACUGAAUAUUACUUAUCUUUUAAAAAACUGUCAUUUUUACAAAGACUGUUGUCCUUCCUUUCCCCCAAUUCAGAACUGUAGUUCUCCGUGGCAUGAUACAAACAGGUCCCUGUUCCCUUCUCCUCUUCCCCUCCACCCCACCCCAGCCCCACCUCUGUAAAGGCUUUGUGCAUUAUAAACCUGGAAUGUAUCUACUUUAAUUCAGGGGAUAUUGGAAAGAUAAUGGUUAGUAGUACUUAUAAACUCAAAUAGAUUUUGAGAAGUUUUAGAUUAUUUAAAAGCAUACUUGGAACUAAUGAAGGGUAUAUAACAAAACAAAACAACUAGAAUGCAAUUUGGUAAGCUAAAAUUAUGACUUUCCCUGGGUAAUAAGUCUUCCUUCUCAGAAAAAUAUUGUCAGAAAAUACAGCAUGCAUCUCUGAGAUAGUGCUGGGCUCUGUACUAUGCAAAAAUCCAGAAGGUGUGGGGAAACUUUAAACCCGAAAAAAAGUUAUUAGUAUUUAUCCUGCAGGUGUCUUGUUUCAGAAUGCAUCCUUUGAGAUUAUGUCCAAUUAAGAAAAAUCAUUAGUUAAGAAAUCUACUUUAAAAAAACACAAAAGAGAAAAGGUAAUAAUGUGAUGGCAAUCUUAAUUUUUGGAUAAAACAAGCUAUGAGUUUGUUUAUAAGAGAAAACGUUGUGGGUACUUGCUAUAAACAGGCAAAUUAAUGCACAUGCCUUAUCUAAUUGCUGGCUUCUUUCCCAGUUGAACAACAAAAUGCUGUAUUUUAGUUUCUGACAAAUUUGUUGUUUGUUUUAAAAGUCAGAUUUGAAAGUACUAUUCUGUAAAUUGUCUCUCUGGAUAGAAAAUGACAUGCCAUUCUCUAGCAGUUGCCAGUGAUAAUUGAUUUUUGCACCAUCCGGCUGCUUUUAAAUCAGUGUGUACACCAGGGAAAAGGAUAUGGGAAUAUGCAUCUUAUGGGGAAAGUUGUGAGCACAAGAUGUAGUAACUUUAAUAACUUGAAAAGUCAAUGCUAAUAGUUUACUGGCAACAUUAAUUGAAGCAUCAAAAAUGGCAAAGAGAAAUCAGGACAAAAAAUCUAAUUGCUAUUUGGGAAAAAAAAACUUGAUUUUGACGUUUAUUUUCUAGUUGGUUUUUUUUUUUUUUAAUUUUUUCCAUUGGCCUGAAUGUAAAAUUGUAAAAAUUGUCCAUUAAUCCUCCCUUAGGCCAAUAAAAGGGUGGUCUCACAGUACAAAAUAGGAGCCAGAAAUAAGGACUGAGGGGAAAAGGAAGGGGAGAAUAGUUAAUAGCUAUACUCUAUGUACACGUUAAAAACUGAAUAUCCCAUCGUCCUAUUUCAUGUAUAGUUGAGUUCUCAGAUUUGUAAGUUUUUAUACAUCCUUUCAUUGAAUAAAUGUUUAAUUAAAUGAG